AUGACUUUUACUAAGACUCAUAGCNUUGACCCUGGAACCAAGUUCGGACUAUACACCAACGGCCGUUCGUCGGGCCCGACCAGAGGCAAAGGCCAUCUGGUCUUUUCCGAGAUGAGGUUUUUACAGAAGCCAGAGUCCUCGACGAAGGAGGAGCCUGAUUCGAAGUCUAAGAAGAAAUCUCAGAAGAAGAAGAGUUGCCGUUCAUCAGAGAAAGAGAUUUCAAGGUAUUUCGAUGCUGGCGGAACACGACCUGCCGACAAUGAUACUGUUCAACGUAGACACACGCUGCCUCCCAACACAUCAGCAGUUGCCCGGAAUGUCCAUCCAGCAUCCCCAGUGGUGUCAGAUCUCCUGGAGAAGCCGUUCUUAGGAUUUGGAAGCAAGGGCACGCAUCCACCCACUACGAGCUAUUACAGCUGGUCAGAGUCUGGAAGAGCAAGCUCAGCACGAAUGGCGCAAUUCGCUCCAGAUCUUGAGCCAUUAGCAGAGGGUCAGCUCCAGAGUAGUCGGGCUCAGGAGCAUAUACAAAGCGCCCAACACGAAAAAGAAACGACUCAACAUCUUUCUGCAGAGCGGGAAAUCGCUGAACAAUACAGCAAGAGUCAGGAUCCGAUAUCCGAACCCGCUCAAGAGAUCAGCCAGGCCACUUGCCUACCGGUCGAGCCUCAAGUCGCCCAAGAGAUCGCCAGUGAGACAAUGCCGGUACUCAUCUUGGACGAGCAUCAGGUUCCCAUACCUGCUCCUACAAGCCUGGCACGUCAGAGCGAUGCCAGAUUGUCCAGCACAAACAGAACUUUGGCGGCCGAUGAAGCGCCAAGUAGAUUCAAUAGCGACGAGCGAGAUGCUCUCGACAAGCCAAUACAACGCACACCGACCAACAACCCUGUGCUCGAACAGCAUUCGAUACCGUGGGAAGAGCUGCUGCAAAAUUGUGAACAGGCAGCUCGACCUUCAAUUCCAGCAUAUUACGACGAGGCUUCACUCCAGUGCAAUCCACCCGAUACCCAAGAUCGUUACCCGCUUGAUACUCGCGAUCAGUAUACACCUGCUGCUUACGGUCAUGCGGACUUCCGACUUUGGGGGCUGGAUGUUAAUGACUACACAGAGCAUGACUAUCCAGACAAUGCAGCUUUGAUCAGUGAGCGUGUACACUGGGCUCAACCUGAAGCCAUUGAAUACCGGGAUGACAUCGUUCCGUUCCUCGAACAGACAUUGGACGAUGACUCAGAAUCUCUAUAUUCACAUGACGGCUAUGAUCCGGCAGCGGAGGAUGUAUUGCAGUUGGAUGAAGGUGUUGCUGAACAGCACGAUGAAACACAAGACUUCCGAUUUCGGGAUGGCGAGGCUAUGGACGAGUUUGCGAUGUUCUGGCAGCCGAAUAGAUUGUAUUGA